UAUGGUAUUUUGUGCUCAUUUUCAAUACAAUAAGGUGUACCAGUUUUUCCAAGAUCAUAAUCAUGAUCUUCUCAUUCUUUCUGUCCCUUAUUACACUAAUUCUGAUAAGAGUUAUCCACAAAGUAUUAUGGCUCCCUUUUCGCAUACAACACAUGCUUCGGUCACAAGGAAUCACCGGCCCGCCCUACAAAAUUAUUCAUGGGAGUACUAAGGAGAGCCUGAGGUUGAAACAGCAAGCAAGAGAUGGUCCUAUGGAGUUGUCACACGAUAUAUUCCCUAGAGUCCAACCUAGUUUCUAUUCAUGGAUGAAGCUAUAUGGUAAGAAUUUUCUUACUUGGACUGGCCCUCAACCUCAUCUGGUGAUUACUGAACCUGAGUUGGUCAAAGAAAUACUAACCAACAAAGAAGGUAUUUUCCAGAAAAUCAAGGUUCAGGGCCCUGCAAAGAAGUUGGUUGGAGAUGGACUUGUUAUGACAGAAGGAGCAAAGUGGUCGAAGCUACGAAAACUGGCCAACCAUGCAUUCUAUGCAGAAAGCUUAAAGGGGAUGAUUCCAGCCAUGAUUGCAAGUGUUGAGAAUAUGCUGGAAAAUUGGAGAAUGUAUGAAGGAAAGGAGAUAGAGGUGUCCAAAGAGUUCAUGGUUUUCAGUUCAGAAGUGAUUUCAAGAACAGCUUUUGGGAGCAGUUACUUGGAAGGGAAGAACAUCUUCGAUAUGCUGAUGAAGCUGGGGUUUCUUAUAUUCAAGAAUGCUGACAAAGUUCGACCUUUUGGAAUCGAAAAAAUUUGGAAAACACAAGAUGACAUUGAAUCAGACAAAAUCGAGCAGUCCCUUCGUGACUCUCUCAUGGUAAUAUUGAGGAAAAGGGAAGAAAAGGUACUAACAGGACAAGCAGACAACUUUGGGAGCGAUUUCCUAGGAUCACUCCUGAGAGUUCACCAUGAUGCAGACAAGAAAAACAGAAUUUCAUUAGAUGAUGUCAUCGAUGAAUGCAAAGUAUUCUUUCUUGCUGGACAUGAAACAACUAGCAGCCUGCUGUCCUGGACUUUUCUUCUGUUAGCAAUCCACACAGAUUGGCAAGAUAAAGCAAGAAAAGAAGUUCUUGAAUUGUUUGGCCAAGAAAACCCAACAGCAGAAGGCCUUCCCAGAUUGAAAACAGCUAGCAUGAUUAUCAAUGAGGCCUUAAGGCUUUACGGCCCAGUAGCAAGUCUAGUAAGAAGAGUGGCAAGGAAAGUUAGGGUGGGGAAAUAUGUACUCCCGGCUAACAUGGAGUUGCAGAUUUCUCCUUUAGCCCUUCACAGAAAUCCAGAAAUAUGGGGAGAAGAUGCUCAUCUUUUCAAACCAGAGAGAUUUGCAGAAGGGAUAGCAACAGCGACAAGGAACAACCCGAUGGCCUUCCUCCCCUUUGGAUAUGGACCAAGAACUUGUGUUGGGUUGAACUUUGCAAACAAUGAACGGAUAUUCGGCAGGAUAGGUUUCGCUAAAGUUCAUGCCAAAACCCUCUCGAUCUUAUUCGGCACGAACGGGCACAAAUAA